AUUAGCUGGUAGCAGCAGAGGGGUGAUCGAUUACAAGCUGCAUAACAUUGAACUUUCCGCCAAUACCGAGCCAUGGUGGAACUGGAGAGGAUCAGACUUAAAGAAAACAACUGAGCUUGAGGUACAACCUUACAGGGCUAACCUGCUCAAAGUAUUCCGACCUUUGUUCGCUGACAGAAUCAGUCAUGGACACAAUGGAACUUCUACUGCAAAUUGCCAUAUUGUUUUCAGUGCUGAUGGUUAAGCCUUGCUCCGGCGACUCUGCUAUUCACGAAAGAAAGUAUACGAAAACUGCCCUUAGGGAUAGAACAGAUGUUAGUGCAGAUACAUUGUGUUCGAAGAGAGCAGUUUCGCUGAUCCAGUGUUCCAGAUUUUGCAGCCUGAAUCAAAGAUGCCAUGCGUUUUAUUUCAGACGUCCCAACUCUAUGUGCACUCAGUACAGGGUAGUACAUGGCAACACCUCUAAUCUUCAUGUACCAAGUGCUGACCUUUACGUUUGGAUUGGUCAACACACGUACGUUGGGUGCCACAUCGAUGCAUGUUUCCACCGUGUCCUUCCACAUGGCUUGAUGAUUGACAAUAUACGCAUGACAAUCGAAACCUGCAAACUGAAUUGCCAAGGGAAAGGUUAUCCCUACUUUGGAACUGAGUCUGGAGACGAAUGCUUCUGUGGGAAUGGCCUUAGACCUGGGAAGAGACCGGCACCAGAAACUGAAUGCUCUAUGCCAUGUCCAGGAGACAAAAGCACCAUGUGUGGUGGAGACUUAAGGAUUUCCGUCUACACUGUCGUUUAGUGAAUAAGAACAGUUUAAACUGGUCACCAGUUGCGUGACACAUUCAACACUGAACUCGUCACGGCGAAGUCCCGGGUUCGAAUCACCACAUGGGUACAAUAUAUGAAGCCCAUUUCAGGUGUCUCCUCAUGUAUCUAAUCACCUGUUCAGAUUUCUGAAAAAAACUGCAUCUGAGAUCUG